AUGGCGGUGGACAUCACACUCCUCUUCCGGGCAAGCGUCAAGACAGUGAAGACACGGAACAAGGCUCUGGGAGUGGCGGUGGGUGGCGGGGCCGAUGGCAGCCGGGAUGAACUGUUCCGCCGAAGCCCUCGGCCCAAGGGAGACUUCUCCAGCCGGGCCCGUGAAGUGAUUUCUCACAUUGGGAAGCUGAGAGACUUUCUUCUGGAGCACAGGAAGGAGUAUAUUAAUGCUUACAGCCAUACCAUGUCUGAAUAUGGGAGGAUGACGGAUGCUGAGCGAGACCAGAUCGACCAGGAUGCUCAAAUAUUCAUGAGGACCUGCUCAGAGGCAAUUCAGCAACUCAGAACAGAAGCCCACAAGGAGAUACAUUCCCAGCAAGUGAAGGAACACAGGACCGCAGUUUUGGAUUUCAUUGAAGAUUACUUAAAAAGAGUGUGUAAGCUUUACUCUGAACAAAGAGCCAUCCGAGUUAAGCGUGUGGUGGAUAAGAAGAGACUAUCUAAGCUGGAACCUGAACCAAAUACAAAGAGGAAAGAACCCCUAUCUGAGAAAGCCUCACAGGCUGCUUCCCAGGACUCUGAAGAGAAGCCUGCUGCCGAGGAGUUGCCAGAAAAGCCAUUGGCCGAAGCACAGCCUGAACUGGGAACCUGGGGCGAUGGCAGUGGUGAAGAUGAGCUAUCUCCAGAAGAGAUACAGAUGUUUGAACAAGAAAAUCAGCGGCUCAUUGGUGAAAUGAACAGCUUAUUUGAUGAAGUGAGGCAAAUCGAAGGGAAAGUCGUUGAAAUUUCCAGACUCCAAGAGAUAUUCACUGAAAAAGUCUUGCAACAGGAAACUGAGAUUGACAGCAUUCACCAGUUAGUCGUGGGGGCAACUGAAAACAUCAAGGAAGGCAACGAAGACAUACGAGAGGCCAUCAAAAACAAUGCUGGCUUCAGAGUGUGGAUCCUCUUCUUCCUCGUGAUGUGCUCCUUCUCCUUGCUCUUCCUUGACUGGUAUGACAGCUAGCCCACCAGGGCUGCACCCGUGCCUGCACUGCCGCCUCAGACACGCCAUGCCAGCAUGUCUCUCGUCUGCCGUGGAGCUCUGUAAGGUCCAAGGACUGGGGAGUCGUGGCCCCCAAGCCAACAUUUGCAACCUCUCAGGACCUGGAAAUGCAUGGAUUGAAAGUGUCCUAGGCAGUUUUCAGAGGAUAGGGCGCUGGGAGUGGGGGGCAGUCAUGUGCUGCACCUCCAAGAGAGGCCACAAGCAUGGUGGGGCUGAGCAGGGCAGGGAUAUAGCACGCCUGCUGUCCCCAUUGCCGUGUUUGGGGCCUCGUCUCCUGCCUUCCCACACCAGUAGCCUCAGGGGAGAACAUGCCUAAUGUUUCUAAAGUCAUUGGUUCUUAUUCCUUGUGGCGUCUAAUAUAUGCUGAUAUGUGGCCAUUUUGUCAUAGAAAAUAGUUCACAUCCGCCUUGUCAAGCUAAUAAAUGCAAUUACAGCCA